CACACCAAAGGAGGGAAACCUAUAUAUAUUGUUCCGGUCACCUUCCUCCCGCCAAAUAGCAAAACCCUAAAAUCUAUGUCGGCGAAGGACUCCAGGCAAGUAACAACUGUACUGAAUGUAAAGUCAGUGAAGUUCUGACUCUGGCAAUCCGAGUUGAGAGUGAUGUACGGAGGACCAUCCAAUUUCAAUACUCGUGGCUCCCGCAAGCGGCAGCGCCGGAGGCAGAAUCAGAAACGGCCGUCACAAGCGCAGUUUCCAGCUGCGCCACAUUUGAACCCCAAUGUCCCGAACUCGAACUUGCCGGAGCAAAAUCUUGGGUUUCAGUUCUCCCAGCCUCCCAGUCCAGGUUUCCGAUUUCGUCAACCUUCCAGAACAGGUUUCCAGCCGCAAAGUCCGACUACGAAGUCAGCAGAAGGAAUCGCGAGGAUCAAUCACGCUGUAGCCAAGGCACACAGCGAUCUUCUUGUGGCUGGGGAAAGCAUCUCAGCUUGGAAGGUCUCGCAAUCAGCGCUUUCGAUUCUCCAGGUCAAUUCAUGGGAAUAUUUAGGGUUCCGUAUGCAGGAAGUCGAUGCUCUUCACCGCCUCAUUGUGAUGGAAGGGAAGAUCAAUUCAUUUAUUCACUGCUUUGUGGGGGUGAGAAGAAUCACUACAUUAUAUGAAUUGGAGAAGGCUAUAUGCAAGGAUGAGGGAGUUAAGCAAUUUGAAGAGUUGAGACUGGGCCCUUUACUGCGUCAUCCUCUUGUAUUGCAUUAUUUCUCGGUGAAUUCUGAGGUAACUGAAGUAUUUAAAAUAAAGAGUGAGGAGAUUAUUUGUUAUCUUUCGGAGAUCAUGGAUGUGGAUGCUUGUAGAAACAAAAAUAUUAUGGUCGAAGACUUUUGGACUUCAUUUCCAGGAAGCGAUCAGUCACAAAGAAGGAAAUGCUGGGUAUACGUGUUCAAAACUUGGAGACCCAUAUAUCUGUUAUCCGAAAAGCUAGAAGAUCAGAAGAUGACAUUCUCAGCAAGUAUCUAACAAAAUCUAAUGAGAAACGCUGGAAGCAACCUCUUUUCUCAAUGAAGAAGCAACAGCUAGAUGAGCGUUUUAGUGCAAUAUCUCAGCGAGUUGAAUCAUCUUCCUCUGUUCCCAAAGACUAUUGUGGCAAGCAUGUUAGAUUUUCCUCUAAAAGCUCAGGAGAUGAAGACAGUGAUGAUAACGCACACGAAACUGAAAAGAAUGGCAACGAUUCAAGCUCCGGUCUAAAAGUUCCAUUGCAAAUUAAUAAAAGUUACGAUGGUUCAAGUAGCUGUCCUUACCCAUCUGCAACUGAAGAGGUGGCGCGGCUUGGGUUGAAUGGUGAAGUAAGUGUCCAUGCCUCUCCUAUUGGCAGCCAAAAGGACAGUAUAGGUAAUGGUACAUCCAAAAGGAAAAGGAAAUCUGGACAUCAAAUGCACACUACUUUUGGAUCCCCAACAUUAGGUAAAAAAGUCAAGGUAGAAGCCAGCCUCCUCGAAAAAAGAUAGUUUUGAUAAUUCUGAUGAAGGCAGUGGCGAUGAAGCGGAAUGUAAAAUUACAAAUAAUUCUUUGAGGAUGUUCAUCACAACAUGGAAGGAUGGAUGUAGAGAUGCAACUGUGCCAGAGGUACUCAAACGGAUGUUUCACCAUUAUGGCAUAAAACUUGGAUCAAGAAAAAGCGUGAGAUCAAUGAUAUCAUCGUACCCAUUCAUUGGAUUACUCAAUGUCGCUGUUUCAGCUAUUAAGAAUGGGAUGUGGGACAGCAUUUAUGAUUCUCUACAAACAAUCAAUCUACAUGAACUGACUAAUACACAUGUUGGGAAACAACCAGUACAUGAGUGCAUAGAUGUAGGUCCAAGUGCAGAGGGCGCUCUUAUUAAGCAUGUUCCGAAGUCUACAUAUGGCAUCACUGUCGAAGAUAUCCUCAACAAAGUUGGUCAGCAUAUCAAGUCUGAGCAGGAAAAUAAAUUAAUCUUGACUUUUGUUAGAAGUUCAAAGUUGGUACGUGAUAUUGGGUUCAAGACUCGAGUUUCGCUCGACGACACUUUUGAUAUUCUAAAAGUGUGGAGAAGCCAGAAACCUUUCAAGACAAGCAUAUCUCAAAUGUGCACUUUCUAUACAUUCUUGUGGAAUGAGAUGGCUGCAUCAAAACAGAAAAUUUUGGAGGAAUUGCAUUCAGGGCCUUUUAUAUUCGUCCCUAUUGUAGCUGACUCUAGGCACGAGGAUGUGGUGUCGGGUAUAUUUUUGUCUCCUAAGGAAGUAUAUUGGCAUGACCCUAUUGGCGCUAUUGACAAGAUUAAGGAUGUUUAUCUUCAAUGCCGCUUGACAAACACGGUCGAUUGUCCCAUAAUCAAGAGUUUAUGCAAUAUUUAUCCAGGGCUUAAGAAUUUUUUUGUUGAUGAAUGUGGAAUUCAUGAAUACCCUCCUCUAAGGAGUUAUCUUCCGAUUUUGAAACAGUUAUCAGCUGUUGCUUUGCCUUCACAAGCUGGUGAUACAGUAUUCCAAGUCUUUCUAAAAGGGGCAAAUGGACUAAAAUCAGGACUCUGGGUUCAGAAGAUACGGCUUACCUGAAGGAAUGUAUCGGAAACUCCGAGUUCAUGGUCCUUCCCACGGAACAAGAUAAAUGGGUUUCGCUUCAUCCUUCCACUGGCAUCGUGUGCUGGUGUGAUGAUAAGGAA